AUGGGUUCAGACAGUAAUCAAUUUGCUUCCACCCGCCCGCCGCCAUGUAUCCCCCUCCGACCACCAAAAUCCGCGCUCAAUUCCGAAUCUCCCUCCAAUCCUCGCCCCGCUCCCACUCCCGAUCCCCAUGGACCGCCUCUUCCGCUCCCCGGCGCGCCGACGAGAGCCUGCGCGGCAGCCCGCGCCGCUUCCUCCGCCCGGCUCCGCGACUCCAGGGUCCUCGCCCGCUCCGCCGCCGCCGCGUCGCGCUCGCUCCCGCCAACCCGUCGCCCCGCGUCGCCCGCGCCGGUGGCGGGGGACGGCGGCAUGGUGCCGCACUUCGUUGGGGCCGCCGCGAGGGGAAUGCGGUACCCGCUCCGGAAGAAGCUCGCCGCGGCCAGUAGCGUGGUGUUCCUGCCACCGCCGCGGACGGACGGGGCGGAGGUGUUCCUGGACGCGUUUGUGGCGGCGCCGUCGGACCUGGUCGCCGCGCACUGAGGGCUAAUUGCUCGGUGCUCAUCUGUUGUUUAGUGCAGACGGAUUGGAUCCUGUUUCUAGCUUCUUUGUAAGAAUUUGGAGAAAGUAAUCUCAGAUUUGUUGCUGUCAGUGUAGAUCUUUGCAUCUUUGGUUUGUAUGUUGAUUUCAUUUUUAGACGCAAUGCACAAGACCUGAUCUUGCGUCAUUCAGAUUCAAC